AUGCUUGUCAUGCAACUCUUAUUGCCUUUUCUAGCUUCAACCGCAGCUGCGGCUGCUGCUAUAGAUUCAACUUCCUCUUCUAAUGGCUCCGACCACCAUGGCUCCUCAUUCCAGGCUGAAUGUGAAUCAUUCAAAGCAAAGAUCAACGUAACUAAUGCGAAUGUUCAUUCGGUAACCUAUGUCCCGGCCGGUGUCAACAUCUCCAUGGCCGAUAAUCCGUCCAUUUGCGGCGGAGAUGAGGACCCAAUAACCAGCACAUUUGCAUUCUGUCGCAUUGCCCUCAAUGUAACGACCUCCAGCAAGAGUCAAAUCUUCAUGGAAGCCUGGCUGCCCAGCAACUACUCCGGUCGGUUUUUGAGCACAGGAAAUGGCGGUCUUGGUGGCUGUGUCAAGUAUGAUGACAUGGCCUAUGCCGCUGGGUAUGGAUUUGCCACGGUUGGCACAAAUAACGGACACUUUGGUAACAAUGGUGUCUCCUUCUAUCAAAACACCGAGGUGGUUGAGGAUUUUGCUUACCGUGCCCUCCAUACCGGCGUCGUUGUCGGGAAAGAAUUGACGAAAAACUUCUAUCCUCAAGGCUAUAACAAGUCAUACUACCUCGGUUGCUCGACUGGAGGACGACAGGGAUGGAAGUCCGUCCAGACGUUCCCAGACGACUUUGACGGUGUUGUGGCUGGUGCACCUGCUUUCAAUUUCAUUAAUCUGACCAGCUGGGGUGCCCGAUUCCUCACCCUCACGGGCGACUCCAGCGCAGAGACAUUCGUGACAGAAACACAAUGGACUGCGGUACACAAUGAGAUCAUCAGACAAUGUGAUUCCCUCGACGGCGCGAAGGACGGCAUCAUUGAGGAUCCAGAUCUUUGUCAGCCGAUCAUUGAAGCUCUGCUAUGCAAUGCGACCCAAUCCUCCACAUCCGGCACGUGUCUCACUGGAGCGCAGGUCAAGACAGUCAAUGGUGUCUUCAGUGCAACCUAUGGGCUGAAUGGCUCGUUCCUCUAUCCGCGGAUGCAGCCCGGAUCCGAGCUAGCAGCCUACUCCAGUUACUACAGCGGGACACCUUUCGCUUAUGCCGAAGAUUGGUAUCGCUACGUGGUAUUCAACAAUACCAACUGGGACGUAGCAACCUGGACCGUGCAAGACGCCGCCAUUGCCAACGCUCAGGACCCGUAUCAAAUCUCCACCUGGAACGGCGAUCUCUCUCCCUUCCAGAAGAAAGGCGGCAAGGUCCUUCAUUACCACGGCAUGGAAGAUGCGAUCAUUUCCUCCGAGAGCUCUAAAGUCUACUAUAAGCACGUUGCCGACACCAUGAAUCUCAGCCCCUCUGAACUCGACAGCUUCUACCGUUUCUUCCCAAUCAGCGGCAUGGCUCACUGCGCAAAUGCAGAUGGGCCCUCGGCGAUCGGCCAGGGGACUGGAACAUUUGCAGGAAAUAAUCCACAGGAUAAUGUUCUUCUUGCCAUGGUUCAGUGGGUGGAAGAAGGUGUCGCUCCUGAUUUUGUCCGGGGUGCUAAGCUGAAUGGCUCGACUGUGGAGUAUCGUCGGAAGCACUGCAAGUAUCCCAAGCGCAAUCGAUAUGUCGGGCCAGGUUCGUAUACGGAUGAGAACGCUUGGGAAUGUGUAUAG